AUGGGACCCGUUUGCAGGAAUGUCGAAUCCAUUCGUUAUGGCCUCAAGAGUUUAAAAGCAUCCAAGAUGAUGAUGAAGCAAUACUAUUAUCAGUGGAUGUUACGUGAAGAUGCUGAUGCCUGUUUACUUCGACUCUUUGAAUGCUUCAUGGAGAGUGCUCCACAGAUGACCCUCCAACUCUAUCUGUUGGUCGAUGACCCACCUGAUGGCAUAGAUGUGCUACGAAUAAUUUCACCUUUGUUUUCUUGGCUGAGUGCCUCUUGGUCCCUUGUAUCAUACCACCGAGCCCUUCGUUUUGCAAGGCCUGACCAUGCAAACCAAACCCUAUGUGGAGUCAUCGGCUACUUUCUAUGGCGAGCUCUUGAAGCGACACUUAAUGACUUAUCACCGCCGAGGAACUCUCUAACGGAGGAGAGAAUUGUUUACAAAUUAUUAAACAUGGCGGACGACGAUUUAGAAGAAAUGCGUUCUCUUCGAGCGGCUCAUGAUUAUAAACAGGCUUCUUAUGGAUCAAGUUCCAGUGAAUUAAGACCAGACUUCAAAAAUGAACAAAAAAACAAAUCGGAAAGGAAAGCCCGUACUUUUGAUUUCAUGGCGAUGUUUGAACAGGCAAGGCAGGUUGCUUCAGAGAGGAAUAAAAAAGAUCAGAACAUCAAAUCCUCAGAAUGUUUGAUGCCAGACAAGCCAAGCUCACAUUUAUCCAAAAAAGAAGACCAAAGAAAUCUUUUAAAAGCUACAGAGGCACAGGCGGGAAAACCAUUACCCCCAAAGUUUAAACCUUUAUCUUGCAAAACAUCUGAAAAGGAUGUUACCUCUCAUAAGGAAGCUGCGAGCAAUGAAGAAGAUUCUGAACAAAUUGGUCCACCAGUUCCAUCUUCUAUAAAAAGUGGUGUCAAUAAAGAGGAAGUUGAUGAAGAUGCUGAUCUCAUUGGGCCACCAAUUCCAUCUUCUUUGGAAAACAAGAUUAAAAAUGUUGAUAACGAAGAUGAUGAUGAAGAUGACGAUGAGAGUGAAGAAACAUUGGAGCAGAGCAUUCCACAAUCUUUAGAAAUUACUUUAGCCCAUGGAGACAAAAGUGUUUCUGCAUUGACCCUUGAUCCUUCUGGUGCACGUCUUGUCACAGGAGGAUAUGAUUGUGAUAUCAGGUUUUGGGAUUUUUCAGGCAUGGAUUCAUCUUUGAAACCUUUCAGAACAUUAAGGCCAUGUGAAAGCCAUCAGAUCCGUAAUCUUCAGUACAGUACCACUGGAGACGUUAUUCUGGUGAUUGCUGCCAAUGCACAGGCCAAAGUUCUUGACAGGGACGGGUUUGAGAAGCUGGAAUGUGUCAAAGGAGAUCAGUAUAUUGCUGACAUGGCAAAUACUAAGGGACAUGUUGCUAUGUUGAACUCUGGUUGCUGGAAUCCAAAAGAACGUCAUGAGUUUAUGACUUGUGCAAAUGAUGGAACUGUCCGUCUUUGGGACAUUGGCAAUGAAUACCAACAGCGUGUUGUUAUAAAAACAAAGAACCAACAAGGGCGUAAAACCAAUGCAACUGCUUGCACAUAUUCACGAGAUGGACGCUACAUUGCUGCUGCUUGCCAGGAUGGAUCUAUUCAACUGUGGGAUUGCAACAGGAAAUUUGUAAGCACCUGUAUGCUGAACAGAACCGCCCACAUGAGUGGAAGUGACACUUCAUCUCUAUGCUUCUCCUAUGAUGGUAAAGUUCUUGCAUCAAGAGGAAGUGAUGACACUCUCAAAUUGUGGGACAUCAGAAACUUCAAAAAGCCUCUUGUCUCGACUGGUAAUCUUCUAAAUCUCUUUCCUGUAACUGACUGCCAGUUCAGCCCCAAUGACAAGAUGGUGAUUACAGGUGUGUCAGAGGGUAAAAAAGUUAGAGGAACAGGUAAAUUAAUGUUCCUUGAGCGAGAGACUCUGAAAACUGUCACCCAUAUUGAAAUACCUGAAAGCAGUGCAAUUCGGUGUUUGUGGCAUCCCAAGCUGAACCAGAUUGUUGUUGGCUGUGGAAAUGGUGAUGCCAUUCUUUAUUAUGAUGUCAAGAAAAGUCACAGAGGUGCUAUGUUGUGUGUUGUGAAGAAAGAACGCAAGGCUAAGCAGAUUGAAAUGAUCACAGCUCAACAUAUCAUCACUCCAUAUGCAUUGCCCAUGUUUCGAGAAGGGCGUCCAAUAAGUACACGUAAGCAAGAAGAGAAGGUACGUAAGGACCCACUGAAGACAAGGAGGCCAGACUUGCCUGUUUCGGGACCAGGUCAAGGUGGUCGUGUGGGUGCCCAAGGAGCUACACUGUCCCAGUAUGUGGUCCAACAACUUGUGCUUAAGAAACCAGACCCUAGUGACAUCAACCCACGCGAGGCCAUUUUGAGACAUGCCAAAGAUGCAGAAGAAAACCCUUACUGGGUGUCACCUGCCUAUCAAAGAACUCAACCAAAAACCAUUUUUCAAACUCAGUCAGAGCAAAAGCAAGAUGACGACAAUGACAGUGAUCAUGAACCUGUGUGGAAAAAAACAAAAUUAGCAGAAGAAAACGAAUAA